UGGAAAGUGUCAUCGCUAAGUAGCCAGCUGUUUGUUAAAUGUUCAUUUUUUUUUCAAGCGAAAUCAAGCAUUUUUAAAAGAAAUUAAACAGUUCUACAGUUAUUAAAUUGAACAUUUAAGAUGCCCAAGGUUCGCCGCAGUCGCAAACCACCGCCAGACGGUUGGGAGCUAAUCGAACCAACUCUCGAAGAACUGGAGCAAAAAAUGCGCGAAGCCGAAACGGAACCGCACGAAGGCAAACGCAUCACGGAAUCCCUUUGGCCCAUCUUCAAGAUCCACCACCAGAAGACACGCUACAUCUACGAUCUAUUUUAUCGGCGGAAAGCCAUCAGCCGGGAAUUGUACGACUACUGUCUGAAGGAGAAGAUCGCCGAUGGCAAUCUGAUUGCCAAGUGGAAGAAGUCCGGAUACGAGAACCUCUGCUGUCUGCGCUGCAUUCAAACGAGGGACACCAAUUUCGGCACGAACUGCAUAUGUCGGGUGCCCAAAUGCAAACUGGAGGAGGGUCGCAUCGUUGAGUGUGUCCACUGCGGUUGUCGCGGCUGCUCCGGUUAGAUUCCAUGUGGACGCAUCAUUGGCAUCUUUAUUCGACACAAAUAAUUCUUAUAAUACAUAGUUCAGUCGGUUCCAUUUUAGAUUUCGCCUGGUUUCUUCAUAGUAUGUAAAUAGAUUUAAAUACAAGCCACAAAUUUGUUUAAUUGCAUGCUAAACAUCUGAAAAGAUGCUGCAAUAAAACGAUUAUGUAAACGACAAGGCAACGUUAGAAAAUGCGUACCGAUUUGUUAACAAAUUGUAGAAAUUAAAGAUAUCCGCAACACUAUGCAAGCAGAAAUUUUUUGUAUUAGAAUGUAUAGAAAAAGUAGAAAUUAUAAGACACAACUUGUAGUUUAAUCAAAUAAAUAACGAUUUUAGUUUAAGAA